AUGGCUCAUCAUUGUGAAAGCACUUCCCUAGUAAUCUCAAACUCAAAAAUUGCUAUUAUCGGAGCUGGAUUUAGUGGUAUUGCGGCAGCUAAACAAUUAUGUCACCAUAACCCCAUUGUUUUCGAGGCCUCAGAUUCCAUAGGAGGGGUAUGGAAAAGCUGUGCUUAUAAUUCUACUAAACUCCAAUCCACUCGUAAGAAUUAUGAGUUUGCAGAAUUCCCAUGGCCGAAUCGAGACGACCCAACUUUGCCUUCUAAGCUUGAUGUUUUGGAUUACUUGGAAUCAUAUGCUAAACACUUUGAUGUGUUGAAGUUCAUCAAGUUCAAUUCAAAGGUGGUUGAGCUCCGAUUUUUCGGUUGCUCGGAAACAACUGAGUUGUUCGGAAAUGCAGGGUACUAUUGGAAUCGUCCAUUGCUAGGCCAACCCGUUUGGGAGAUUGCGGUGCAAACUAACGAUUCAAACUGCCUUAAGUGGUAUGCCUUUGAAUUUGUCGUUGUGUGCAUUGGACAAUACGGAGACAUACCCAAAAUCCCAAAAUUCCUAAACAACAAAGGCCCUGAGAUUUUUGAAGGGAAAGGGAAAGUACUUCAUACCAUUGAUUACUGUAAGCUGAACAAGGAUGCUGCUUCUCAGCUACUUAAGGGGAAGAAGGUUGUAGUUGUUGGCUAUAAAAAAUCAGCCAUUGAUUUAGUUGUUGAGUGUGCACAAGCAAAUCAAGGAGACGAAGGGCAGCCAUGCACCAUGGUGGUAAGGACACCUCAUUGGGUUGCUCCACAUCAUUGGCUCUUCGGUUUGCUUUUCUUCAUCUUCUACACUACACGAUCGUCCGAGUUACUCCGUAAAAGACCUAACCAAACCGUUUUCAGGACCCUCCUUUGCUACCUCUUAUCUCCGGUGAGGCGUGGGGUUUCCAAGUUCAUGGAGUCCUUCUUGCUAUGGAAACUUCCAUUAAACAAGUACGGACUGAAACCGGACCAUCGAUUUGAGGAAGACAUCGCAUCGUGUAUGCUAGCCACCGUGCCGGAAGAUUUCUUCGCCGAGGCUAAUAAGGGAAACAUUGUUUUCAAAAGAGCUGCCGAAUGGUGGUUCUGGAAAGAAGGAAUCGAGUUCACUGACAAAACUAAAAUGAAGGCCGAUGUUGUAAUUCUCGCAACCGGAUACGAUGGAAUGAAGAAACUUAAAACAAUCUUACCCGAGCCGUUCUGUAGCAUGAUCGAAUAUCCGUAUGGGAUGAUGGCCUUGUAUAGGCACACGAUCCACCCUUUGAUACCGAAAAUGGCGUUUGUAGGGUACAUUGAAAGCGUUUCGAACGUGGGAGCAUCGGAGCUCCGUAGUAUAUGGCUUGCACGACUUAUCGAUGAAAAAUUUAAGCUCCCGAGUGCCGAAAACAUGGUGGAGAAAACGUUGAGAGAGAUGGAGUUUAUGAGGAAGACAAUUAGGUUUUACCAGAGGCCUUGCAUUUCAACGUUCGAGAUCAACGAGACUGAUCAAAUCUGUGAAGAAAUGCGAUGGUUAUCAAAAGCAAGCAGGCAGGAUUAUAGUCAGAAAAAUUAA